AUGGCCCACAGGACACAAGAUACCAAUUUGCACGCCCACAUCACAACCUUUAACGACUUCUUAUCUUAUCCAAAGAACCAUUGUCCGUCUGUUGGCUCAGUAGAGCACAGGCAUAUGGGGUUUAAACUGAGAUUUGACAAGGAAGUGUGGAAUGCGUCUGUGUCGGAGCCUGUGUCUAGGGAUGAGCGGGCAAACUCGUGCGGACACAGGUCUUGGUAUUUCACACAGCAUAAUACGAAAGCACGUCAACAGCCACGACUGCAGAAACCAGGGAGAAAGUCCAGGAAUCACAAGAUUCAAAGGCAACAACCACAACACCUGAAGCUUCAUCGACAACAAAUUCACCCCGCAAAACAAUGCAAGGCCAAACUCUACACCUUCCACCACGGCGGCCCUAAUCGCGCUCGAAAAGGACACAUGAAAAAUGACAUUACGCUCGAGACGCCCUGUUUGAGCGUAGCAUGUGCGACUUGUUGGCAUUGGAGGGCUAUGGAGAUGGUGGUGUUGCAUGGUCCCAGGGCUAGGGAAUGGUGUGGGAUUACGGAGAGGAAUAUAUCGCUGCUGAAGAUCAUCUGGAUUGUGAGGGAAGCGAGGACGCUCCCGGAAUCAAAAUGUGGUUUGAGGAUGUGUCGCGAUGGCGGCAAAGAGAUAAUAGAGUCAGAUUUUUCGAUCUUUGUUGCUUUGAAUGAGAACUCGGAAUUAGAGACGAGCGAGGUCGUGCAAUACGUCGAGCGGGAGUACCUGGCUUUAUCAUGGGACGCCAGACUUGACCAGUCAUGA